UCCGGUGGGCUUUAUGAUAAGCCUCUUCCAUGCUUUGGCUGUGGCAUUGGCUGGUUCUCAUUUGUUUUGGGAUUUGCAUUUCCACCACUCUGGUAUUAUGCUACGGUGCUUUAUUUUGGAAAUUAUUAUCUCAAAGACCCGAGGGAACGACCUGGCCUCGCAGCAUCUGCAAUUGCUGCAUUAAUUUGUUCGAUCAUUGUCUUGGUUUCCCUGCUUGCUGUUUUCUGUUAG